CAAAAUACCAGUGUCAUAUAAAAUACUGAGUGCCACUAUAACAUCACCACACUAUGUUGAUGGCAUGUUGUCACUGCAUGUACUGUGAGAGUCCCACUUCGCUGAAUAAUACACAUUGCUGAAUAACGAUGUUGUCCCACUUUGCUGAAUAAUACACAUUGCUGAAUAACGGCAUUAUCUCAGAUAUAUGUCCCCUAGGUCACACUAAGAACGCCACUUGAUAUCAAAAGCAUGAACGCCACUCAUUCAGUCUCUGUAUAAGCACAUGGGCAGCUAGGCACUAGCAUCUAGUAUUCAACACAUAAGCACCUCACAUGAGUAUCCAGAUUCAUUUUCAUCUUGAAUUUCUAAUGCUGCUGCUUUUUGUACAAUUUGGACCAUUUUACUUUUUGAGUAACAAUCUCAAACCACUUUGGCUUAUAUUGUUGUCUUAUCCAAUGUUAUCAAAGUGUGAAAUGUGAAACUUUUUAUUAAUUUCAAAAAUGUUUUUGAAGGACUUUUUGUUCAAAAUAUAGUGAAUUUAUUUAAAACUAACUUUAAGAUGUCACACUUAUCCUUUAAAGCGAUAAUUCACACCGAUGCAUAGCAAUCAUCCUCACUUGUUUUUUUGCCGAAAAAAUCAAGAAAAUUGGUUGAUAGAUGAGCGAGCAAUGAACUCAUCCAUGCAUGAAAGUGGUUCAGGGAAAGAUGCAUUUCAAAAUUUUAAUUCUCAUUGAAACCAAUGGUAAAAUAAUAUUAAAAACAUAAUAUAUUCAUCCUUUUAACCUGGUUAGACAGUCAAAAUUGGUUUAUUUUUUAAGUUUAGCAUAUUUAGAAAAAGAUUGACAUUGAAAAAUGUUGCCCCUGAGUGAUGUCACGAUGUGGUCACUAAGGUUGAAAAUAUUUUCGAUAUGCUAAAUCAUUAAAUUGACACAUUAGAUAUAACAUUUUAUUUUUAACAUAGUUUGUCCGUUGUUCAAUCUUUAUAUUGGUGUUAAAAAGAUAUAGAGGUUCUUAUAUGAGAACCUGUGCAAGAUCGUCAAUUCUUGAUGAGCUUUCAUAAUUCUUCUUUAUCGAGUCGCAGACGAGAUAAAGAAACAUUAUCAAAGCGACUGUCAGAUAAAUUAUGAAUGUAGUUUUGCACAGGUGUCAACGGAACCAAACAGUGAACCCCGCUUUCUCGAACCCGAGUUUCCAGGAUUUGCCUCGCAUGCCUUCGACUCUUUCUCAAGAUUUGGGCCCUAUAUUGUACCCCUGCCUUAUCACCCUGGUGUCUCGUUUAUAACACCCUUGUAAUUACAAUGCGAAGUUACUUAAGCAUGAUUAAAAGUGUAUGUGUGGAUGGGGGGAGGUUUGAACCUCUACUUGUAUACAUGUAUACCUUUAUAUACUCAACAGGCCAAGUAUUAACAGUACAAAAGGGAGAAAAAAUCCACCAGGGCCAUAAUUCUACACGUUCACAUACAAGUUUAAAAAUCUUAAAUGUAUUUAGAACUACGCCUUUGUACCAGCGACACACUUUCACAGGUGCGUCUUUACAAUGAAACAUAAUAACGAAAAUUGCAACUUUAGGAUCUUGAAAAAAGUUGCAAUAUCCUUCCUGGUUAGAAUAGGUUUCCACGUACAACUAAAAACACUAUAUAGAAUAACUAUCUAUACACCAUCAAUGCAAAUAUAUGCUUUCUUCCAAUCUGAUACUCAUAGCAUCUUUCUGUUUCACCUGAAUCAUCUCAGGGCUGAGAAGAAAUGAGAUGUCAUGGUUUAUCAUGAUGGCUUUCUUCGAGAAUACAUAAUGCGGGCCUGAGAAUGUGGGAUCAUGUCACAUUCAUUGCAACACACCUUGCAACAAUGUCUUAUGAGGGCAAUUUCUUAUAUUGAGAAGUUUCAUCUAUUGAAAUUAAAAACUUGUAGCUACAUGCAAGUAGCAACACAUACAAGUCUUCCAUGCAAAUGGAGGUGCGAAUUCACAUUAACAAAUUAAGAUAAGAUCCACAAUAUGUUAUCAAAUGGUUAAAUGCGCAAAAUGUGUAGAUAUGUUUUCCUUAAUGUGUGAGGAGGCCUUUCAGGCAAUUUUCGAAAACGUAGUGAGAACAAGUUUGGUGUAGAGGGGAGGGGGAUAUCUCCCACCUCGGUCUCUCUCUAAUGCCUAGGCCACAUAUGCGCCGGGCGCCGGCCGAUGAGUAUUCAUCGGCCGAUUUCUAAAUCAGUUUCGACAAAAAUUAUGUAAUUCGGCAAUUUUAGUUACAAAACAUGAAGGUACAUUAUGUAAAAUUUUGAAGACAAUUGGUGUAUAUUUAACAAAAUACCAGCACCAGUCCUGUUACUUUUGGAACGCCCUGUACCCUCUGGAGGUGGUAAAAAACUAAAAUGAAUCUGAUAUACACAUAAUCACAAGUGAAUCAUCUAUUAAUACAUCACUCUCAUUUUAAUAAUGACAAUUAUUCUAGAUUUUGAUUUAUAUCAAAAGUGGUCAAUUCAACAGGUGCAUUUGGAUUUGUGAAAUGCAACCUGUGUAAGGGUAAGUUAUCUUAUAAAAGGUAAAUGACAUUCUAUAUAAGUUGCCCUAGUCAUUCCACAGUUCCAGGUGUUAUUUGUGGAGCCCAUGUCUUGCCACAUCACACGUGGAAAUGACUUUGACAAACCUUGGACAUCUUUGUUUCAGUCAAUGGACUCUAAAAUAACAAGAAUUUGCGUUGUCGGGAGCGUAAAAUUGGUUAUUUUGAAUGUCGCCUCUUGUAUUUUUCAUCUGCCUCUUGUACACAAAGUUACUGAAACCACUGGUUUUACUAUAAAUUAAAGAGUAGUGGAGUGAUUUUGUUCAUAUUUGAUAUGUGAAUACUCAUAAGCAUGACACACUGUCUUAUGACAUUUUGGUUAUUUAAGACGGCCAUUUUGAAAAAUGGCCGUCAUUAACAUGUACGUGUGUGCGGUUUUGUUGAAAUUUGUAUGUGCCCACUUAGAAGCAUAUUACACUUUUGACCCUUUGGGGAGUAUAGGUGGCCAGUAUAUGAAUACUCAUAAGUAUGGCACAUUGUGUAUGACAUUUUGGUUAUUUAAGGCGGCCAUUUUGAAAAUGGUGGCCAUUUUUGUGUGUUAUUUUACAAUUUUCGCUAUAACUUUGUAAAAAUGCCAGCCAUGGGUGUUCAGUAGGAUUUGCUCUGCUUUGGCGUUGCUGUUGUUUAGUUUAUUAAAGCCAGACAUCUGCCAUUUUAAUAUUUAUACUGUAUAUUGUUUAUUUUGAAUGGACAUUGAUUUUGGCUUGUCAGCUUAUGGGGUUAAACAAAAUGCAUGUAUUUAUGAAUUUUACUGCUGCUAAUACCAUUGAAUUCCUCAUUUUAUCUCUUGGUUCAGGAGUUUUUAUUUUUUACUUGUAUAUCUGGAUAAUCCAUCUGUUGCAAUAUAAAUCAUUAUAAAUAAACUACAUGGACAGGUUUAUUAUUUGAAAAGAUAACAAUAAAAGUAGAAUUUAAACCAGAAGCAGCUUCUUGAUUUCAACACCUGCAGCGUUCCAUGUAAAGGACGGUUAUGUUAUUACACUCAUUUACAAACUAAAGUCUUUUUCAACUGCAAAACACUGAACUGAAAGCAAGAACCAUGGAGAGAAAGAUCAACAAGUCUACAAUAACAAAAUAUUUCUUUGCGAGUGUUUUUAUUUUUGCAUUAUUGAAUAUGUUACUCAGCGUCGUUCCUCUUAUUAAACAGGCAGAGGUGACAGGGACUAAAAGUAAAAUCCAGGAAGAGAAACAUAACAUUAUUAAACAAAACUUGCAAGGAAAUAAUGAUGUUUUGUAUAACGAGGUCAAAGAAUUGGCCAAAAUUGUUGUUAAAAUUCAACAUGAAUCAAGGAAGGAUGACAAUAUUGGGAUACUUGCAGAGAAAUUGGUAAAUAAAAUUAAUGGCAUACUGAGCAUACUUGGUUUUGAUGCAGUGGAUUCCCUAAUGAUACAAUCAAAACCAGAUGAAUCUAUGAAAACAAAACAGAUUCCAGAUCAGGAUUAUUUUCACAAUUUCAAAGCCAACAACCACAGUUAUUCCAAUAAACCAGGGAUGUUUAAGAAUACUAAUGAGAUGGUCCAAAGUAUAAAACCAGAUAACUACAUACUGAGUAAGGUAGACCAUGAUAAACUUUACACUGUUUGUCCAGAGAAGUACACAAGCAGAGGCUACUUUGAUUUGAGAAAUGAUCUUUAUCCGAACUUGUUUGAGAAACUACCAUGUCGACAUAGUCCUAAAUCAAUGCUGGUAACCAUGGUGAUGAAUCUAGCUUCAUAUCCAAACAAGGAAAUGUUUCAAACUGUGGAAAGAAUCUCACACGGCAUGGCUCAAUACUUUCCUGAUAUACCAGUUAAAAUAGCGAUAAGCAAGACACACACUCAACCACCAAAGAGUCAUAAGCAGUUUGAGUUUAUCUCAUACUCCUCACAUCAGUCUGACAUAUGGAAUGAUUUAAUUUUACAAGUGGACACCCCAAAUGUUUUGUUAGCCCAAAAUGUUGAUUUGAUAACGGAUGAUAUAGCGCUUGAUAGAUUAAUCCGGGAGAUUGAUGAUUUAGACGUGCCUAUGAUAGGUGGAGCUUUUAGGACACCCGAUGGCCACUGGAAUAUGGGAUGCCAGCAGACGGUGUUUAGAAACUUUACUGUUUCGUAUAAAAGUGGAUACAAACACUCAAAACAUGACUGCGUAUAUUGUGACCAUAUCCAGGGACCCUUUCUUGCUAAAACAUCCUUCCUAAAGAAAAUGAAAUUCUACUCUGGUAUGAACUCCCCAGGCUUGUUUGAGACUUUAUUCCUAGAUACGAAACUAUUGUCGGACAGGAAGCUAGCGGUCUGUCCAGAUAGUAUGUUUCAUACGAGACACAUGAAAAUUCAUAAGAGAAAGGAUUGGAUCCCCUUUGCUGCAUACUGGGGUAUUAAUAUAUUAAACCUUCCUAAUGGGGUGAAUUAUCACUUUACAUGUCACGAGAGUAAGACUGGAAAAAAAACAAAAGUUGGCAUGGCAACACCACCGUGUCAGUUACAGGUGCUCGCAGAUGCCAUUAAAACAAUAAUGACCAUUUGUGAAGAAAACAAAGUCACUGUAGAAAUUACUUAUGGGACAUUAUUAGGAGCUGUCAAAUUCAAUAAGGUACUACCAUGGGAGCUUGAUGCUGAUAUGAUAUUCUUAACCAAUCAAAUUGAGGCAUUUUCACACCUUAGCAAAGAGUUUGAAAAUGCUGGUUAUAUUUUUGCUAUACGUCCAAAUGUAUCCAAAAUAUGGGACAGUUACAUUAUAGAUAUUUAUGCUGAAUUCUGGCGCGUUGAAAUCUGGGGAUAUCCCAGAAUGCAAUCUGAUAAAAUGUUACAGAACAGCCAGACCCCGACUAAAGUUCUACUUGAUGGACAGUGGCUAAAUGCACCAACAAACCCAGGUGCUCAUUUAAGGAAUCUUUAUUGGCCAGAGAUAUAUCGUCAUGCACAGCAUUUGGCUGACGUCAGAGCAAAAAGUGCGUAUGAUAUUUAUGAUACGAGCAAGUUCACAACGUGCCCCAAACCUGGUAACAUGAACUGUUUGGAUCAGUAUUAUACAGAUGGGAGUCUACAGUUUGAACAAAUCAACUUUUAAUGUAAUUCUUAGUCAAUUUGCUAUGAAUAAAGUUCAAAAAGAGAUUUUGUCUACGUAGUUCAUAUAAAAUACAGUAUGGAAGAUUUUUGAUGUCACCAUGGUAAAAGAUAUUGGCAGAAAUGUGUUGGGACUCAUAAUAUAUCUAUAUACAUAUAUGUACCGGAUUUUCUCGCAUAUAAGCCCCCCUAAAUUUAGGCCCAUGGGCCAAAAAUCGAAUGUAGUACGCUUAUACGCCCAUGGGCCUAUAAAAAAUGACUAUUUAUUGAUUUUUUCAAUAAAUUCAAGAGUAUUUUGUCACUGGCAGAUCGUUCUGUCGUUACUUUGUUUCAACAUUAAGUUCAACGCUGUGCCGUAAGU